AUGUCGGGUGGAAAUGAGGAAGCUCAGUUAGCUCAGUGUCAGGCUUACGUACAAAGGCAUAACAUACAGCAACUUGUCAAAGAAGCUAUUGUUGCCCUUUGCAUACAUAAGCCUGAAAACCCAGUUCUAUUUCUCAAAGACCACUUCGAUAAAAUUAACGAGCAGAGGAGUUCCAGUUACAUGGAAGAAACAAAGUCCACCUAUACUCAAGAGAAUGCUGAUGACGAUGAUAUCAUGAUUGAACCACCCAAAAGAACAGGAGGUAGAAGAACUGGUAUAUCCGCUGAGCCUAUUCGGGAAGAUGAUACUGAAUACAAGAAGGUUGUCAUUCCCAAGGAUGAGAUCACUCGCAAAGCUCUUGAAACGGCUAUGAAGAAAAAUCUUCUCUUCGCUCAUCUCGAGGUUGACGAAGCCCAGACUAUGUUCGAUGCUAUGUUCCCAGUUGAGAAAGUUUCUGGAGAAACCAUUAUUGAGCAAGGAGAAGAUGGAGAUAACUUCUAUGUCAUCGAUAAGGGGAUAGUUGAUGUUUUUGUAAACAAGGAGUAUGUUUUAACCAUCAAUGAAGGAGGAUCUUUCGGAGAACUUGCUCUUAUUUAUGGAACACCACGUGCCGCCACCGUCAUUGCCAAGACUGAUGUCAAGCUUUGGGCUAUUGACCGUCUCUCUUAUCGCCGUAUUUUGAUGGGAUCUGUUAUGAAGAAGAGAAAGAUGUACGACGAAUUCCUUUCUAAAGUCCAAAUUUUGGCUGAUCUCGACAAAUGGGAGCGAGCCAAUGUAGCUGAUGCUUUGGAACGGUGUGACUUCGAGCCUGGAGUUCACGUUGUUGAACAAGGACAGCCCGGGGACGAGUUCUUCAUUAUUCUCGAAGGAGAAGCCAAUGUUCUCCAGAAAAGAAGCGAUGAUGCUCCAUUCGAUGUUGUUGGUCACCUUUCCACCUCUGAUUACUUCGGGGAAAUCGCUCUUCUUUUGGAUCGCCCCCGUGCUGCUACCGUUGUUGCCAAAACUCAUCUCAAGUGCAUUAAGCUUGAUCGCGCUAGAUUUGAACGUGUAAUGGGACCAGUUCGCGAUAUUCUCAAGCGAGAUGUAGCCAAUUAUAAUUCCUAUGUAAAGUUGAUGACUUAA